AUGGAAAACGCAGAUCUCUCUCCCGCUCCAUCAAGGUGCCCUCACUGUGCCGGCCCUCUUUACAAAGAUAUGGUACCCUCUCUUUCCUUCCCUCUCAUUGUGUGCAAUCGGGAGGCGGGGCUCCCUGCGGUUUACUUUUCUUUUUUUCCAUUCUGAGAUCGUUGUUGCCGACGAAACCCGCUUUCAUUUCUUGAAGGAAACCAGCUCGUGGACUGUGGCGCCCUUCGUGCGUGAUAGCUUUUCCAUGGUGAAGCCUGAUCCUAUCAUCUCCCUACACGAUCAUUCUCUGUAUGAAUCUGUUACUAAUUCUAUUUUUUCGCGGUCUUCUUUGGUCAGAUUGCCUCUGCCGUAGGGGGCACUGCAAGCGCCUUCUAUGGAUUCAACCACGGUAUGCCAAUUGAUCUCCUCAGCAUCACGUCAUUUUCCGUAGAUGCCUUCAUUUUUUUCUUUGCGUGCACAGUUGCCUAGAUGAGUAUGACUAAAUCGAGCUUCAUAUCCUUUACCUUUUUAUAAAAAAAAAAUGACAGUUAAUGUUCUUUUCAUACACAAGUUUUAUAUAUAUAUAUCCUCCAACUAUCUAAGACCCGCCAUUAGAAGCCUCUGAUUGCUUCAUAAUGAACAAAGGUCGAGUUAAUAUUCUGAUUCUGUUAUCAGUCAAGCCCUCUGUUUUUGUCCAUGGAAGCCCUGAAUAUUUAUUGGGAAAAUAUACCAUGUUUUUUGGAUAUUCGUAUACAUAUUGACCUAAAUUUACAGAAUUUUUUAAUUCUACCGAGCUCAAAGCUGCAAAAAUCCUGCAGCUUUACGCUGUCAAGGAAACCUGGACGACCACUCUGUUGAUGUGCAAGGAUUAGAAACCCGUUGUUGCCAUAAGUGAGGAAUUCUACUGAAAGAGUCCCUGUUGGAAGAAAAUCAAGGCUCAUAUCCUCUUUAUCAGGUUGCUAGAUGAAUUUUUUGAGGCGAUCCCCAAUCUGCAUUACCUUAGCUUCCUGGUUUUCUACAUAAAAUUACUUUGACAAAGGUUGUGCACCUUUCAUGUUCACUAGAACGAUAGAACCCUUUCAACGUGAAGAAAUUCUGAAACUCCGGUCAGACAGGCCAAUCCACGCGGACUUUGUUUUUUAUUUUUUCUGCGGAGGGAAGCAAUUUGACGGGCAAUUCACGAGAAGGCUCCCCCGUGUGCCCUCUUAACAAUCCAGCUACCCUUUUAGAAAAGAAGGAAAUCAUGGUGCAUCCGUACGACCCUCUUAGAUCACUACUCCGAUUAACCUGCUUUGCUGUUCUCUGACUUCCAUGAUUGUGAGCUUGGGACAAAUAAUUUGAUUCCUGUGCCUCUUUUCUAUAUUCAGCCAUGCCCGUCGUUCGUCGGUGGGUGAAGGGUCCGAUGUGGGCGCACUUUCUCGUCGGUGUGAGUAACUGCAGCUCUCAUCUUUUUUGAUAAUUUUCUAUCGCCUCUCUUUUUUCAGUACUUCGCUGCCUCAACACAUAGCUUAACCACUCUGAACUAUACUUUUGAAACUAGAUUGGCGGCUAUGUUACUGUCGGUUGAUGUUGCCCCAGUGUCGUGAUAUUUAUUCUCCAAUGUAAACAUGAAGACAUAGGCGCAGGAACAUUAGCCAUGAAUCUAGGGAAGUGUAGGGUUUCAUCCAAUUAUCUCCUCCGAUGUGUUCUUCAUUCGACCUUGGGUCGUCUGAUUAAUGGAGGAAGUUACCAGCAAAGUAUUUUCCAUCACUGUGAUCUGCAUUGACACCUCAAUUGCACUGCCCGACUAAGGGAUGCUUGAUCUUCGUUCAUGCAGUCUCCCCCGGUGAUCGUCUUCUCCUCCGCCUGCGCCGGAUUGGCAGGUCAGAGAGCCCACUCUGAGCAAGAUCAUCUCCUCACUCUCCCUCUCCUCCGGGGGGGUCUUCGAUUUUCCCUCUCUCGUCCGGAAGCUUGGUUUACAUUCAAGAGAGAUUCUAGAAUUCCUCCCCUAGUUGGGUCUUUUUUCUUCUGUUUUUAACUGUUCAUUAAGUGGCAUAAAUUCCCAUGGAUUCGGUCCGUGGACUGAGGGGAUGCCGUGUGAUGACUGCGCAGGUGGCGCCGUGCCGGCACUGGCGCAGCUGGCCUCUUCCUCCUACCACGCGGCCUUCUCCUCUUCCUCGCCGCGCGAUGAGAGGAUGGGUGACUCGAGGAGCUCUUCCCCUCUCUAG